AUGAGCGACGAGGACAUCGUGUCGGACGCAAACAUCAGCACGAUGCCCUUAAAUGAUGCCUCGCAACAAGCUGAUGUAGGUGAGUUGGUGGCUUCUCAAUCGGUACCUGAUGCUGAUCUAUUGACGAAGAAUGAUUUGGACAAUGCCAGGAAUGUCUGGCGCCAGCUCUUGGCCCAACCGCUCCAGGCAGGCGACUUGGUGGCUGUGAUGGCGGUGGCUGUUGUUGAUGGUGCGUUUGCCGCCCCCGUGACGUCGGUCGCUGAGCUUGCUGGUGAAAUCGGGAAGGUAGACAACACGGCGAUCGUAGAUCAGAAUGGGAAUCUUUUUCCCGAAGGAAGCGAAUUGGUUCCGACCACAUAUGUUGUUCCAGAGCUCUAUAAUGAGUUGGCGAAACUGCUUGGUGUCGUGGGAGAGCCUGUGAUGCGUGUGAUGGUGGCAGAUCAAGAUGGAUCGUUGGUUUUGGAAAGAUAUGCUCCGUAUUUCAUAAUCCACACCCUUAGCAAAGGCUCAGUGGCUUCCAGAGGGAACCUUCACAGCAAAACAGCAUUUCUGCUCUCUCAAACGAAGACUUUCCGUGAGUUGAUGGAGGUUAUUCAGGCGCACUUGUUUAAGAAUAGACCUUCAACUAUCCGAGUGUGGUUCAUCACUACAGAAAACGUGGAGGACUUGCCCUCGAUUAUUCCAACAUCCGUGUUCAUCAACAAAGUACAAUACAAGAAGUUAGUGGUUCCUAAGGUCAUGGACUUGUCGUUGCAGAGCCAGGGCAUUCGUUCAUCGAGGCUUCAUUUGGUGGUUGAGGUCAUGGACAAAACCACAAAAAGAUAUCCAGUGGAUGUGGCUCUUGCAACCACUGAUCUUGACCUGCUAGACUUGAAGAGUGUUACAACCACAGGUGGAAACUUGGGCUUGUCCAAUCUUGGAAAUACUUGUUACAUGAAUUCGGCGCUACAGUGUCUUGUGCAUCUUCCAGAGAUCAACUACUAUUUUUUCUUUGAUCUCUACGAGAAGGAACUUAACAGAUCGAAUCCAUUGGGCAACAAGGGAGAGGUGGCUGUUGCCUUUUCGAACUUGCUUCAUAAGCUAUUUGACGUUGGAAUUUCAACCUCAUACGUGACACCACGCGAGUUCAAGUACACCAUUGGUCGCUAUUCGUCUAUGUUUCAUGGAUAUCAACAACAGGAUUCACAAGAGUUUCUCAGCUGGCUUCUAGACGCUCUUCAUGAAGACCUCAAUCGUAUCCAGAACAAGCCUUACUGCGAGAAGCCUGAAUUGAAAGAUGAAGACGUCAACAAUCCACAGGCUGUGGUUGACUUAGCCAACCAGUGCUGGCAGCAGCAUAAGCUCAGAAAUGACUCAAUCAUUGUUGAUCUUUUCACCGGCCUUUACCAGUCGACUUUGGUGUGUCCAACAUGUGACAAGAAAUCCAUCACCUUUGAUCCGUUCAAUGACUUAACCUUGCCACUACCCGUAAAUAAAAAGUGGUACCAUGAAUUUACCAUAGUGGACUUGUCUGGAAAAUACACCGACUUACCAAUUCUGAAGUUGGAAGUGGAGCUCACCAAGUCUUCGAACUUCGAUGAUUUGUUGGCAUAUUUGAGUUCGUUCUUAAAAGCACCUAAGGAAGAAUUAUUUUUGUUCGAGAUAUUCCGUAACUUCUUCUACAAGAACUUCCAGGAUAUCCGCAGUAACUCCAAGUUCUUACCUAUCACCGAAUUGAUCACUGAUGGUGACACUGUGUUGGUGUACAUCAUUCCUCACAAUCCCGAGGCAGAUAUUGUUGUUCCUGUCAUAAAUGUGACUCAGGAUGAAGAUAAAUCUUACAAUAUUCGUGAAGCAUUCGGCAUUCCCCUAUUUGUGGUUUUGGACAAAGAAACCGAGAGUAACAGUUUCGGAACAGUAAGGCAGAAAGUUGAACAAGCAGUCAAAAUUCUCUCUAGAGUGGACUUGGAGUCCAAGUAUUCUGAAAUCAAGGGUGAGCCAAAUCAGAGAUAUUACUCUGCAAAAGACUUCCCACUUCUCAAUAAGCCAGAACUGGAAGAUACUGUCAUGGUUGGCGAUUCAACAGAUUCUCCUGGCAUUGCUGCCACAUCAGUGUCUGAAUCCUCUGAUGACGGGUAUGAUUCGGAUAUUUCAUUGGCCCAACCACAUUUGGGCGCUUCUUUUGGCUUUGAAAUCAAAUAUUACGAGGAAACUUUUACGAAGCACAGUCAAUUCAGAGGCAUGGGAAGCAGAUUUGCCCAUAACUCGACUCCUGCCGGUCAAUCGAGUUUUGUCAAUAUUCCUCAUAGUAGACCUCAAUUUGAUAGCUUGCCUUCGUUAGCAAGUAAGCUUCCGAAGCUCAAACGAGACUACUAUCAUUAUCCUGAUUAUGUUGCAAACUUGAAAUUGAAAGAGAAAGAAACUGAAGAUGAAGGGGUAUCUGACGAGAAUGAAUAUGUUCUUGUGGAUAGAGCCAAUGAGAUAACUCCUGAUGACACUAAUUCUGUCAAUCAUUCUCUGCCUGAUGUGGAUACAGACAGUGAUUCCAACUGGGAUAAUGUCAAUACCUUAUUUGCCUCUGUGGAUCAGUUGAGCUCGGUCGGUCCUCCAGUAAAUGACUCUGACCGCGAGGUCAAUAGCGAUGCACCAAGUCCACAAGAAGCGUCGGCGGAGAAAUCUGACAAUCAUGUCGAGUUAAUCAACUCUAAAACAACUCUUAUUCUUGACUGGGAUCCAGAAAUUUUUAACAGCUUCUUCAAAGACUUGGAACAUCAAGCGUGGGAAAAUCUUAAUAGCAUCCCCAAUCCGGAAUUGGCCGAGAACAAGAGACAACUUGCUUUGCAGCAAAAGUCCACGGUAUCUUUGUAUGAUUGUUUUAGAAAUUUCAGCACUCCAGAGGUUUUGGGAGACCAAGAUUUAUGGUAUUGUCCUAGAUGCAAAGAGCAUAGAAGGGCCACCAAAACUAUCCAAAUUUGGUCAACCGGGGAUCUUUUGACUAUUCACUUGAAGCGAUUCCAAAGCGCCAGAUCAUUCAGUGACAAGAUCAGUAUGGUUGUUGACUUUCCAAUUGAGGGUUUGGACAUGAGUGAGUUUGUCAUGUCGAGUGAAGCCAAUAAUCAGGACCUCAUUUAUGACUUGGUUGCGGUAGACAAUCAUUAUGGAGGAUUGGGAGGUGGCCAUUACACGGCCUCAGCAAUGAACUUCAGAGAUAACAAGUGGUAUUACUUUAAUGAUGGAAGAGUUACGCCUAUAGAUGAUCCGAAGGAGUGCAUUACAGGAGCUGCUUACUUGCUUUUCUACAAAAAGAGAAGCUCGACACGGUUCGCUGGUGGUGACUCGGUUAGAGAGUUGUUGAACCAAGGUCGCGCAGCAUUUGAGGCUAAGUUGACGAGUCUCAAGGACCUGCUGCUCCAAGUGAGGGGUGAAAUCGACGAGUACAAUAAACAGCAAGCAGAAAUUGCCGAAGCUUCCAAGAAGAAAGAGGAAAGCUCAAACAGCGAUGAUGAUGACUUAUACGGAGAUUCCGAAUCCAAAGCCGAGAGCAAUAUAUCAACAUCAGAGAUUCCUCAAUCCAAGGCAACCAAGAAGUCACGUUCUCCCAUGGCCGAACAAGCUAUGGAAUUUGAAUUCGAAAACCAGCGGAAGCAGAGAUUGAUCUCCAAGGAUAUCGAUCUGCCCCGUUCGGUGAAUAUCAAUCUUGGCUAUUCAUCAUCAGUGUCGAACCUAGCUUCGCCUAAUGGCUCUUCAGAUGGAGAGGGUGAUGAAUGA